CCUGGACCGAAAGAACGUCCCACACAGUCGCAAGCACCUGCAAUUAUUCUCGUCUCUUCCAAGCAAAGCCGGAGAGCCACCAACGACAACAACAACCACAGCCACCGUCAAGACAACCAAUUCCAAAAUGGCCCCGAAGAAGACUCAGCGUCCCGCCCAGGAGAACAUCUCCCUGGGCCCCCAGGUCCGUGAGGGCGAGCUCGUUUUUGGCGUUGCCCGUAUCUUCGCUUCCUUCAACGACACCUUCGUCCACGUCACCGAUCUGAGCGGUCGCGAAACCAUCUGCCGUGUCACCGGUGGCAUGAAGGUCAAGGCCGACCGUGACGAGUCGUCGCCCUACGCCGCCAUGUUGGCUGCCCAGGACGUCGCCGCCCGCUGCAAGGAGCUGGGCAUCACGGCCCUGCACAUCAAGAUCCGUGCCACUGGAGGCAACGGCACCAAGACCCCCGGCCCCGGCGCCCAGUCGGCUCUCCGCGCCCUGGCCCGUUCGGGCAUGAAGAUCGGCCGCAUCGAGGACGUCACCCCGACUCCCUCCGACUCGACCCGCCGCAAGGGUGGUCGCCGUGGUCGCCGUCUCUGAGCGCGUGCGCUCGUGGGCGGGGGCUGCCGCCGACAGGUGGUUGUGUAUGGGUUGGUUCUGGUUUCGCGGAUCUGGGCUUCUUUUGCGGCGUUGACUAUUACGAGGGGAACGGCUUGCUAUUUGCCUGGUCUCCAUUUCACGGGUAUGGUCGCAUGAUGCUUUUGGCACGGCUGCGGGGGCAUGAAAAAAAUUCUAGACAGAAAAUUUCACCAGAUGAAUCUGACGACAGAGCUUUCCUGAUCAA